AAGUAUCAUGUUUUUAAAAAUUUUAAAAACUUUUGAAUGUAGGCAUUUUGGCUUUAAAACAGUCAACAUGUUAAAUUGAUUAUCAAAAAAAGUUUUCAUAAAUUUUGUGUCGACUGUAUGACAACUUCACUUAACCCAUCAUUUCUACACUGGUUAUGAAUGACUUUGUAUGGGCUGCUGUUGUAACAUACAGUCAUUUGAGGAGGGAAAUUGAUUGAGUAAGAGUGAGGCAUUAGUUGUUUUCAACCCAGACGUCCCUCAUAGUAUGUCUUGCAUGAACCUGAGUCAAUGUAUAGAUCCAAACAGCCACGCAUGCGUGCAUCCUCAUCCAACCUAUAGAGUUUACAUUAUGUCUAGAACAUUGACCUGUCCCUGUGCUUUCAUCUCAUGAACCAUGUCAAAACACAUGAACUUUACAUGUCCUUGUGUAACUUUGUCUCACUUUUUGUCUUGUGUUGAGUUACUUCUGUCUGAGGUUAAAAACACAAAGCGGAGGUGAGGACAAAAACAUGAGUUUACUGUGUUUUUUUUCAAGUUGGGAUUUAAAACUUCAGUGUUGUUAGGAGCAGGAACAACAACAGACUAAAAGUUUAAGCAUCUUGGAUCUAAAUGACCAUUAGGGAGGUGAAAAAUGUAAUUGCUUAAAUACUUUCAAAUGACAGACUGCAGCUGUAAAAAUAUAUAUAGUAUCCGCCCCCUUUUUAAAAGGACAUUUGUUGAAUUAUAUUGAAGCAUAGUUUCUUAAUAAAGUCAGUUAAAUUAAAUAUUUAGAUUUGACAAAUUUUUUUUUUUUGAGUUUUCAAAAUUUGUACAGGUGAAAUACUUAAUUGAGCUAACCUUCAUCCUGUAACAACAAUUAAUCAAAGGUACUCAAUGGAGUUGAAUAGUCUGGGGGGGUUCUGACCAAUGAACUCUUGUUCUUUUGUGUUUUCCGUCUGUUACCUCUCUCUCUCUCUCUUUCUCUCUCUCUCUCUCUCGCUCUCUCUCUCUCUCUAUCUUUACCUCUCUCUCUCUCUCUCUCUCUGUCUCUCUCUCUGUCUCGCUCUCUUUCUCUCUCUCUCUGUCUCUCUCUCUUUCUCUCUCUCUCUGUCUCUCUCUCUCUCUCUCUCUCUCUCUCUCUCUCUCUCUCACUCUCUGUCUCUCAUACUCACCCUCUCGCCUCUACGUCAGACCAGACAGUGUUUACUUAGUGCAGGCCUUCACAAGGUGUUUUGGAGCAUGUGUGUACAUGCAUCCCGGCAUUGCCGUCUAUGUCCGGGCAUGCCAUAAUUAGAACAUCGUACCAUUUUUUGGGUUCCCAUCCCUCUUACCCUCUCUGCUUCUCUCCCUUCAUAUCAGUCUAUGGUUUCUCUCUCUCCACACCAGUCCUCAUCUCCUUCACUCUCCUGGCUGUACAUGUGUUCUCUGUGUGUGUGUGUGUGUGUGUGUGUGUGUGUGUGUGUGUGUGUUUGUAUGUAUGUGUGUAUGUCUGAGUGUGUGGUGUGUCUGUUGAUACACACCUUGGGUGAACUCUCUGGUAAGGCUUUGGUCCCACUCUGUCUUUGCUAUACUGUGUUUGGACGUUUCUGACUGAAGAGUUGACAUAUGAGACUAAAGCACUAGAAGAUGUACUACGUAAAAAAGAAGUCCCAAUACAACUUGCUGAGCAGCAGCAUGGAGAGCCUGGGGAGCCGCGCCACGUCUGCCAGCCCCUACAGCUCCGAGAACGCCUCCUCGUCGGCCGUGCCCACCCCCUCGCCGUACUCCCAGCCCAACUCCACCUUCGAAGGCCUAUCGCCUGCCCCGGCUAUCCCUUCCAACACCGACUACCCUGGACUGCACGCCUUUCAGGUGUCCUUCCAGCAAUCUAGCACCGCCAAGUCUGCCACAUGGACCUAUUCUCCCUUGCUGAAGAAGCUCUACUGCCAGAUAGCAAAGACUUGUCCAAUCCAAAUCAAGCUCUCCUCCUCUCCUCCACAUGGCAGCAUCAUCAGAGCCAUGCCCGUCUACAAAAAGGCGGAGCACGUCACAGAAGUGGUCAAACGCUGCCCCAACCAUGAACUGGGACGAGACUUCAAUGAUGGUCAAGUGGCCCCGGCCAGUCACCUAAUCCGGGUGGAGGGGAAUAACCUCUCUCAGUAUGUGGAUGAUCCUGUCACGGGACGUCAGAGUGUCUUUGUGCCCUAUGAGGCUCCACAGGUCGGGACAGAGUUUACCACCAUCCUGUAUAACUUUAUGUGCAACAGCAGCUGUGUUGGCGGCAUGAACAGGAGACCAAUCCUCAUCAUCAUCACUUUGGAAACCAGAGAUGGUCAAGUGUUGGGCAGAAGGUCAUUUGAAGGUCGGAUAUGUGCGUGUCCUGGUCGAGACCGCAAAGCAGAUGAGGACCACUUCAGGGAACAGCAGGCCCUGAAUGAGAGUGCCAAAAAUGGCGGUGCCAAUAAGCGGAACUUCAAACAGAGUCCAACAAAUAUUCCUAGUCCGAAUACAAACAUGAGGAAGAGGCGGCAUGGAGAAGAGGAGAUUUACUAUAUUCCUGUCCGGGGCCGGGAUAACUUUGAGCUGCUGAUGAAGAUUAAAGACAGUCUAGAGCUGGUGGAGCUGGUGCCACAGCCCCUGGUGGACUCCUACAGACAACAAACACAGCAGCAAAUGUUGCAAAGACCGAGCCAUAUAGCGUCCCCCUCUUCUUACUCUCCACUGUCCAACAUGAACAAGCUCCAUGUCCACGGAGGCCUCAACAAACAGCCCUCAGUCAACCAGCUGGUGGGGCAGCAGCCCCAGCAACACCACACUGCCCCCAGCUCAAUGGCUCAUAUGGGUUCAAAUAUGCUCAACAGCCAUCACAUGCAGGCCAAUGGUGACCUGAAUGGUGGCCACAGCAGUCAGACUAUAGUGUCUGCUUCCCACUGCAGCCCGCCCCCUUCAUAUAACCCUGACCCCGGCCUUGUAAGUUUUCUUACCAGUCUGGGCUGUCAAAACUUCAUUGAGUACUUCACCUCCCAAGGCCUCCAGUCUGUCUACCAUCUGCAGACUCUCUCCAUGGAGGAUUUGGGUGCACUGAAGAUACCAGAGCAGACCCGCCUGGCCAUCUGGCGAGGACUGCAGGACUUGAAACAAGGUGCUCCCCUCCAGCUGCCUGCUUCUACUCAUCAUCACGACUAUCACGGUCAGCAGCUGCUUCGCUCCAGCAGCAACAUGGCUGCUUCUGCCAUGGCGGCCAUCGGGGCUGCCAGUGGGGAACUGCAACGUCAGCGCGUCAUGGAGGCUGUGCACUUUCGCGUUCGUCACACCAUCACAAUCCCCAACAGGUCGGGAGUCAUUGGGACGACAGGGAUAGCAGCAGCUACUGACGAAUGGGCUGACUUUGGUUUUGACAUGCCCGACUGCAAACUGUCACGCAGCAGGCACUCCAUCAAGGAGGAGUUCAUGGAAAGUGAUGUUCACUGAGCCCAAAAAGAAUCGUCGGACUGUUCUUUUGCCAAUAUUAUUGUCAGCAUCAACCUACUUACAGAGUAAGGCCUGUAAAAAUGUGCUGCUGUCAUAUUUCACAUAUUCAGUGUGUUGAUGCACUUUUAAGUGCAGUCCCUAUCCUGUGCUUGAACAAUUUGUCCACUCAGAAGAUUGAACACAUUGUGACACAACUUGGCAUAACAAGUCCAAAUAGCAAAUAUCAGCGUAGUCAUAGCAUUGUCAUGACAACGCUGCUCAAAAUGCUCUGGAUUAUUUGUUUGGGCACAUGUUUAUGUUAAAAAAAGUAGGGUUUUUUUCUGGAAAAAAGAAUGUUGUUUGGAUGCAAUGUGCAAUAUAACAUAAUACAUUUUUCCUUUACAGCAUUUUUUUUUUUUUACUUAUAUGGGGAAUUCAAAACUUAGCUAUUCGUCUCAUGUUGGUUACAGUAGCUUCCUCAUGUCAUCACUUGCUAGUGUCAGUUUUGUGAUGGAAUACACACAAUGAGCAUUCAUUGUUCUUUCUGUGUCUAUAUGUAUAUACUGUAUCUUGUAAAUGUUUCGGUCUAGAUGUGGUUGUAAAAGAGGUGUAUAGAUUCAAAAUGUUGUAUCUCGUGUUUAAAAACAUUAAGAGAAUUGGAUGGUAACAUCAAAUCACAGUGACAUAAUGUCGACUUUUGAUGGCCAUAAUGUGAUGACCUCUAGUUUAGCAUGUCCUUCUCAUUUUGUUGUUAACUAUAAUGUUUAAUGGGCCUUGUACAAAGUAUGAUGUCAUGAAAACCUACAAGAUCAUUGUAGAAGAAGUUAGGCAUGUCAUUCAAUCAUUUUCAUUAACACUUAGGAAAUACUGUUUUAAUUUUUGUAGAAAAAGAAAUGCAAAACAGACACAAAAUAGAAAAAUCAGUAUUAUAUCUUAGUAGCAGGGAUUUCAUCAAAAAUGUUAAUAACAAAUGAAGAGUAGCAAACCUGUUCCCCAAGACACUAGAUCAAAAGUUAGAAUCCCAUCCUUCUUGUUGUAUUUUACAAACCUUGCAGGGCAAGGUCCUCACAGUGAUAUACAUGUUGAUUGUAGCUGGUUGUGUAACUAGUAAGUCUUUUCAUGCCACUUGUUUGUGGAUAUUUUAUAGCAACAUUCCAGUUUGAUUUCUAGAUUGCCGUUCAGCAGGAUAAAUCAUGAUAUAAUUAUAGUAAUGGUGUCAAAUGUGUUUGGAGUAACCUCAUGACGUUGUACCAUGAUAGUGAUUUGUACUGACUUUCAGCCAUUUUUUAAAAUGGAUGUCUUCUCACUCUCAAAGACACAAAUACUCUAACCCAACUGGUCAAAGAAAGAGCACUUUAAUGCUUUAAAAGUUCAAUAGUUAGGAUUAUUUGUGCUUAUGAUCAGUAUUAUAUAUUACCACAAUGUAAAUAAUAGUGAUUGUUUUGAUAUUAUUGGUAAGAUUCCUUUUCCUUGAUUAUUUUUUUUAUAUUAAGAUGUGUACUUAUAUAAUGUACUUCUCGAUUUUGUUUUGAGGUUGUUAAGUUCAGUAUUUUUUUCUUAAAAUCAUUUACAUUAAAAUAUUUGACUUCCUUUACUCGUUAUCAACUCAAAAAAAGCAUGUGGUCUGAAAUCUGCAUUUAAUACGAUUUGACAUUGAGGCAUAUUUUCCAGGUUAAAGUCAGCAUUAAGCAGCAUUUGACAAGACAGGUUUGCUGAUGUCACCACAAUCUCACCUCUAACUUCUCCCCUUUUACUGUAUACUCUUGUCACCAUAAUCUAUACCAUACACUUCGCUAUAUGAAUAUUAAUAGGAAUACAAGAACCUAAAUGACAACUGUUGAAAAUGUGGCAUUACAACCAGAAACAUAACAGGCAAAGGCUGAGCUCAAUUCUGUGGCAUCUUCAAGCAUGGAAAGUAUGGAUUAUGGAUGCAACCAAAAUGAUAUAGGUGGACCAGCUCAUAAUGUUGCAUAUGAUGGAUGUGAAGUGAUGACACAGGACAAUCAAGUAAAGAAAGUUGGAGUAGAAAAAUAAUAAUUUUAGCAGGAACUGUGGGAGAGAGUCAGGAAAAUCAAACUGUGUUUCAGGCUUAUCGCAAAGGUUAUAGCUCUUAGGCUGCAGAAAUAUCUCCUUUUAUUGAUAAAUAAAGACCAGACCAGGUUUAACAUAAAUUGAAAGGCAACCAAUAAUCUAAGACGCCAUUUUUAUAUCCGAAGCGAAGCAGUCAGAGCAACCUUAACAGUGUUUCUUAGUGCUGAAAAGGCGUUCAAUCAGUCCUGGUUUUAGAGAAUUUUGAUUUUGGUAAAUACUUCAUUGACUGUAUAAAACUCAGCUAUGAUUACCCAAAAGCCUGGGUGAGUACAAAUUGCACAAAAUCAGAUUCCUUUCCCAUUGGUCGGUACAAGACCCCCUUACUACUUGCUUUAAUAUAAAGCGAAUAAAGAGAAGGACCCAUAGCAUUACCUUUUGAAAAUGCAGGGUUAUAUAGUACUACAGACCCAGUACUAUAUUACUGGGCUGCCCAAAUUAGACCCUUGUGUUAAUGGAGCAGUUAAUGGACCAUGUUAAUGGACCAGGGACCAGUGUCCAGCGUGGACCCAAAUUAUAAUACUCAAGAUACAAGACCUUUCCAACAUCCCUUACUGUUUCACAACCAAAAAUAUUAAUUGAGGUCAUUUGAGGAUUCAAGGGAUAACCACCAAAUUCCAGCCACACACUUCUUCUGAUUUUUACAGCUAGAACAAUACAUACAAUCCAAACAGGGAAGCUCUUUGAAGAAGCCUAUAUACUCCCAACUGGAUUUUUUAUUAUUCAAGGACUACCUUAGUAAACACAUAUCACAAAUAUACAAUUUGUAAAAAAAAAACAAAAAAACAAAAAAACACUGGAGCAUGAUUAACGAGCAAUAACAGAGAAUCUGUAUUAAUACCAGGCAUAGGUUAUGCAAUUACAAGGUUAGACAUAGAGCAUAUUUUACACACAAAAGACUGAGCCGUAUUAAAACUGAUUCAUCCUUUCUCUGCCACCACUGAAAAGUAGAGACUGGUUCAUGUGGUGUGGUCUUGCUCUAAGCUGACUGUUGUGGCAAGGGAUUGAGAUAUUCUUGGCAAUGUAUUAUUACAAGAUAUUUCCUGAUCAUAUGUGAUUGCAAUGCUGGGUGACUUGAAUGAUUAGAACCUCCCCUCUCAAGGGAUAAAUAGUUUUUUGAGCUUGCCAUCACAGCUGCCAAAAAAAGCAAGACCUUUGUGGAAAUAUGAAGAUCCCCAUGAUAUUACACAAUAGAUCCAUGAAGUUCAUUCAUGCACACCUUUAGAGAAAACAACCUAUGCCAUUAGAGGUAGCCCACUGCUGUUUCAUAAGACAUGGGACCCUUGGAUGGCUUACAUAAAAUGUAUUUUAUUAUCUAUUCUUUCACAUCAACUUUUAUUUGUCUUUUAUAUUGCAAAUAUAAGAUGCAAUAUCUCUUGUCAUGGCACUGGUUAUGUGUUGUGUUGUGUUGUUCUUUGUUGUAGUUUGCUGUGUGCUGUAUAUCAGGUUUGUCAUAUUAAGUUAAAAUUAAAUAAACAGUAUUUUUUUAA